UAGAUUCACAACCCCUUCGAUGACAUUUCAGAUUCGCAGACGACUACAAAAUCUCAGAAGCUUUGUUUGACCGAAGUGACAGGUGAAAACAACUAUCAAAGGAGGGACCCAUAUAAGUGGAUUUUUUCCACAUUUUCGUAAAAGAAGCUAAACACUUUUCACCACUGUGCCAUGGAGUUUCCAGAACUCGGGGAGCACUGCUCAGAAAAGUCCUGCAAACGUCUUGAUUUUCUUCCUAUGAGAUGUGAUGCCUGUGAAGACAUUUUCUGCAAAGACCACAUAACUUAUGCAAAUCACAAGUGCACUUCAUCAUAUAAGAAGGAUGUCCAGGUUCCUGUAUGUCCAUUGUGCAACACCCCCAUUCCCAUUAAAAGAGGGGAAAUGCCAGACAUCAAAGUUGGGGAACACAUAGACCGAGACUGCAAAUCUGACCCGGCUCAGAGGAAACGAAAGAUCUUUACAAAUAAAUGCUCCAAGGGUGGCUGUAAACAGAAGGAAAUGAUCCGUGUGACCUGUGACCAGUGCCACUUAAACUACUGUCUCAAACACAGACAUCCGCUCGACCAUGACUGUAAGACUGACGGCAAGCCUGUUUCCAAAUCAGGGCAUGCUGCUUUAAUGUGGGCUCAAGCCCCCUCUUCCAGUAAUGUUGCUGCGUCAUCCACUAGAGGGAGUUCUAGGUCUAUGUCAAAUGGAGUGACCGCUAGACCUCAGAGCAUUAGUGCACAACGGAUAAAUGCUGCAUUUCCUCCCAUGGUUUCCCCCACGGCACAGAAUGUAAUGCCUACAUCGGUGUCAUUUCAGGCUGGACUGACGGACGAACAGGCCCUCCAGAGAGCGUUAGAAAUGUCACUGGCUGAAUCUGCGCAAGCAAGCCAGCCUACUACUCUAAGUCCUCAGGAGCAGGAGGAUCUGGCCUUAGCUCAGGCUCUCGCUGCUAGUGAAGAAGAAUACAGACGACAGCAGCAGAGACAACAGGAAGGAGUUUCUAAACAAUCUAGUUGCUGCCUGUCAUAAUGUGAGGUGGCCCUGACCAACUUUAAUCUGCCUCAAUCUGCACACAAGCACCAAUAAUGUACCAGCUAGCUGCAGAGGCCCAGUGUAUUCCUCAGUCCAGCAUACAAAGCUUUUAAUUCUCAAAAUCAACACAUCUGAAGGCUGAUUUUGUUUUUAAUCUUUUUCUGUUCUUCAUCACUCUUUAGUGUGCUUCUGGCAAUUCUGCCAUUUUGGCAAGUGGUGCUUUAUGUAAAUAUUUUCUAGAGUUAUCAUGCUUAUCUGUCAAUGUAGAUGUCUUUUCAAAAUAAAUUAUUUUAAAGUGUUUAUUUCACAACCUGUGGAAGUGUUUCAUGUAGAUCACAUUACACCAGAGCCCUCUCCGUCAUUCCCUUUGGUCUCAGUGGAUGUUAUACUAAUACCAUAUUAUGCUAUACAGUACUUUGUGGCAUUUUCAAAAAGACAAUACAUUUUCAGAUUAAAUUGUUAGCCUUGACUUUAGGUUCUAUGAGUGGCAAAAAUUACUCUUAUUUUGUUACAAAGUUAUUAUAUAAUUUUAUAAAAUAACAUUUAAAAAUAAAAUAUACUUUAAAAGCAAAUACUUUUUAGAAAUUGGGGUAUAUUUAGCUAACCUGACUGAAUGCUGCGAGUUAACCAUUAGCCUCACACUUUGUAAGGUUAUAGAUUAGAUGACUGAUGUGCUCACAAGUUAAUUGAUAUCCAGUUUUUAGUUGUUAGUAGCACUAUAGUCAUCUUUUUGCUAGUUGCUAUUGUGCUCUCUCUACACCCUCUUAAAUGAACGCUAAGUGGCGCAUUAAUUAUAAUUUUUUAUGUAUUUUUUCGUAAAAAAAUAAGUAAUUACAACUAGGUAAUCACAUCCAUUACUAAGCAAGGUAAUUACGCAAUGAUGUAACCGGAUACAUUAACAUCAAAAAGCUAAGUGCUAAAUCACGUCAGUGCACCGCACCUCCCUAUUCAGGGUCAUUUAACAAUCACUCCAGUCCUUGAUUACACAGAGACAACUAUAGGUAAUUAUACUGAUUCAUAUUCUGAUCAGUUCUCUUUCUAAAAAAUCAUUAUAGCUACUUUUCCACCAUCGGGCCGAAUGGAUCAGUAGCAUUUCCACUUUAAUUUACAAACUGUUCUCGGUCCGGAUGUUUCGGCCGUGCUGGUGGAAUGGCUUUAGUGCCUGUGACAUGAUUGUCAAUUUGCCAAUGGCGAGGUAACUCUGUCGUUUCGAGUACAUCAAUAUAUAACUCGUAUUAUAUUUUUUCAAUACAUUUUCUUUUUAGCUUGUCUGGGUAUUUAUUUUACAUUUCUGUGUUUCAGGGAUGGAUUACCGACCAAGCUAAUUGGGCCAGUGCGCAGGGGCCCUUGACUAAAAGGGGCUCUUGACUGCCCAGGGAGACCCUGGGCUUUAAGGUUGUGCCAUCCAGUUUGGUGAUCCCAUGCUCGAAAACCCAUCAUCAAUGAAAACGAAACCCGGCCUUUGCAAGUCAUAAUCCGUCCCUGAUGUGUUUCUGUCCGGUUGCUAGUAGCAACCACCAUGCCACCAACCACCAGGUUUAAACCACCAUGCAGAGUAGGAAAGCUCUGCAAAAACCCCUUGAGGAGUGAAAUGUUGUUCUGGGUACACACGUGAAUACGCUGUUGUUUGCGGUCUUAGAGCGGUUCACGAUGCCGCCGGGUUUGGGUCAGUAGGACUUUGGGUUUGUAAUUUAUGAAGUAAAUAUACAGGCCUUCCGAACAUGUUUCAUCCAUGUGCGCUCACACAGAUACGCGCAAACGGGGCCGUUCACAUUGAAUGUGUUUUUGCGUGCAUCUCCUCUGUUUUUCCAUGUAAACGCGCUGGACGAACGUCAUUGACUGCUGUACUGCAUCUCGGUGUUUCUUCAGUGUCUCAUGUAGGACCGGCACAUUUUUAGACACUGUGUCAAGUUAUAGAUAACUUUGUUUUCAUUGUUGAUGGGUUUCCAAUCGGGGGAAUCGCCAAAUUGGAUCGUGCAACCUUAAAGCCCAGGGCCCCCCUGGGCACUGGCCCCAUUGGCCCGAUCGGUAAUCCAUCCCUGCCUGACAGUUGCAUGCACAACCCCUCAGCAAAUGGUAACUCUCAUGUCUUUUCUCUUUUCUAUCCUAUUGCAACAUUAUUGAAGCCAUGGAGUGCCGAUUAAAAAGA